AGCUCAGGGCGGGGCUGAGCUCCUGGCUGGACAGCGCAGUCCCGAUCAGCUACAAGAAGACCUUGCAGGCCCCGAGACCAGUCGUCCUUCCAGGAUGUGGCUCCGCGCUCUUGUCCUGGGCACUCUCGCUGCUUCCACGGUUUGGGGGUACCCGUCCUCGCCACCUGUGGUGGACACCGUGCAUGGCAAAGUGCUGGGGAAGUUCGUCAGCUUAGAAGGAUUUGCACAGCCUGUGGCCGUUUUCCUGGGAAUCCCUUUUGCCAAGCCCCCUCUUGGACCCCUGAGGUUUGCUCCACCACAGCCUGCAGAGCCAUGGAGCUUCGUGAAGAAUGCCACUUCUUACCCUCCAACGUGCAUCCAAGAUCCCAAGGCGGGGCAGUUUCUCUCAGACCUAUUGAGUAACAGAAAGGAGAACAUUUCUCUCACGGUUUCCGAAGACUGUCUUUACCUCAAUAUUUACACUCCUGCUGACUUGACCAAGAAAAACAGGCUGCCGGUGAUGGUGUGGAUCUUUGGAGGGGGACUGGUGGUGGGUGCAGCAUCAACCUAUGAUGGGAAGGUCCUCGCUGCCCACGAAAACGUGGUGGUGGUGACCAUUCAGCACCGCCUGGGCAUCUUGGGAUUCUUCAGCACAGGGGAUGAACACAGCCGGGGGAACUGGGGCCACCUGGACCAGCUGGCUGCCCUGCGUUGGGUCCAGGACAACAUUGCCAGCUUUGGAGGGAACCCAGGCUCUGUGACCAUCUUUGGAGAGUCAUCGGGAGGAGAAAGUGUCUCUGUUCUUAUUUUCUCUCCAUUGUCCAAGAAUCUCUUCCACCGGGCCAUUUCUGAGAGUGGUGUGGCCCUCACUCAUGCUCUGUUGGAGGACGGUGACAUCAAGCCCCUGGCUGAGAAAAUUGCUAACACUGCUGGGUGUCAAACCACCAACUCAGCUGUCAUGGUUCACUGUCUGCGACAGAAGACGGAAGAGGAACUCUUGGAGACGACAUCGAAAAUGAAUUUCUUAACUCUGGACUUCCAUGGAGACCCCAGAAAGAGGUACCCCCACACGCCCACCGUGAUUGAUGGAGUGGUGCUGCCAAAAACACCUGAGGAGCUUCAAGCUGAAAGGAAGUUCCUCACUGUCCCCUACAUCGUCGGAAUUAACAAGAAGGAAUUUGGCUGGUUUCUUCCAACGCACAUUCCUAAGGAACUGAUUCCAGAAGCCACUGAGAAGUACUUAGGAGGAACAGAAGACCCUGUCAAAAAGAAAGACCUGUUCCUGGACUUAAUGGGGGAUGUAAUGUUCGGUGUCCCAUCUGUGAUUGUGGCCCGGCACCACAGAGAGGGUGCCUCAGAAGAGGAGAUCAGACUCAGCAAGAUGAUGAUGAAAUUCUGGGCCAACUUUGCUCGCAGUGGAAACCCCAAUGGGGAAGGGCUGCCCCGCUGGCCAGAGUACAACCAGAAGGAAGGGUACCUGCAGAUUGGUGCCAACACCCAGGCGGCCCAGAAGCUGAAGGACAAGGAAGUGGUUUUCUGGACCAACCUCUUUAAGAAGGCAGCGGAGCAGCCACCCCAGACAGAAGACAUUGAGCUGUGAAUGGAAGGUCCAUCC